AUGGCUACCCCCAGUGUUCUCGCUUUUGACGCUGAGGGUCGAGCCAUUGACUUUGAGGUUUGGGUGGAUGACCUGCAGCUUUUCCUACAGUGCGAUAGGGCAGACGGUCUUUCCCUCUUUGACCUCACCUCUGGUGCUUCCCCUGCCCCUGCUGCCGAUGCCGACACCAGCGUUCGCUCCCAGUGGGCCACUCGGGAUGCUGCUGCACGUCUUGCUGUGCGUCGCCACCUGCCUACCACUGAGCGCGCGCACUUUAGUCAGUACAAGAGUGCUCAGACCUUGUACGACGCUGUCGUUGCACGCUACUCCUCCCCUGCCACUGCUGCACUGAGCCGCCUCAUGCUACCGUACCUCUUUCCUGACCUUGCUGCCUUUCCCACAGUCGCUGACCUCAUUACGCACCUCCGCACUAGUGACACUCGCUACCGCGUCGCGCUUCCUGCUGAGUUCUGCGCCAAGAACCCCCCCACCCUAUUCUGUCCCACCACUCUCACUGUUGACCUCCUAGAGAAGGCCCUCAUAGCAGCGGAGAAGAGCAUAGUCGCUGUAGGAGCCUCUUGUGGUGACCCUCGCACCCCCAUCUUUGAGGGGUGUUCCCCUUCCCCCCUGUUGCCCUCUGUCGCCUCUGCUGCUGCGGGCGACCUCGUUGGUCUUGAGUCGGUCGGAGUGGCGUCUGCCCCUAGCGGGAGACGCCGCUCUGGCAAGGGCAAGGGGGGCAAGGGCGCGGGUGGGGCUAGCGGGGAUGGUGGAGGUGGCGGUGGAGGCGGCGGGGGGAGUGGGGGUGGCGGUGGGAGUGGUGGCGGGGGUGGAAGUGGCGGUGGCAGCGGCGGAGGCGGAGGCGGCGGUGGCGGUAGCGGUGGGAGCGGAGGCGGCGGUGGCGGCGGAGGUGGAGGCGGUGGUGGUGGAGGAGGUGGAGCUGGUCGGGGUGGUGCUUCUCAGCGGAGCGGCUCCGGGAGUGGUCAGCGCCACCAACAGCAGCAGCAGCAGCGUUCUCGGGACAUCCCCCCUCCUCAGCAGCUCCGUGAGUGGUACACGCAGCGUCAGCGUGGUGGGGGUUUUGGCCCGUGCACCUACGUCCUUCGCUCCGGCGACCGCGCGGGUGAGCAGUGUGGGGGUGCUCACCCCACCCAGCGCUGCUUUGGCCGCCUGACGGACGCUUGGCGUCACCAGUUCCCGGAGGCUAGUGAGAUCCCCCGCUGGGGAGAGCUGUCUAGGGCAGGCGUAGCUAUCUUUGAUCUUGACUUUGAUAAUAUCCUUGCUGCCAUGUAUGCUGUGACUAUUAGUGAUGAGGGUGACUGUUACCGGUGUUUCCCGCCCGACCCGGGCAUUGGUACUGCUGCUCUAGGUACUGGUGAGGCUGCUGCUCUAGGUGCCAGUGCGUCCGCGCCCUCAGGUGCUGGUGAGUCUGCGCUCUCAGGUACCACGUCGGCUUCGGCCUCCCUCACCUUCACACUUGACUCAGGGGCUUCUCGCUCCUUCUUUCGAGACCGCACCACACUCACGCCGCUUGGUCGGCCAGUUGCAGUCUCCCUGGCAGACCCCUCUGGGGGUCCUGUCCUCUCUCACUUCUCCACUGUCCUCCCGUGUCCGGCUGCCCCCUCUGGCACCUUGUCUGGUCUUUACCUCCCCUCGUUCUCUACGAACUUGGUGAGUGGUGCUGACUUGCAGGAUACGGGGGCUCACCAGUUCACUCCUGCGAGUCAGCGGGUGACCCACUGCACGGACGCUCGGACAGGCCGACACCUGGCCACGUUUACACGUCGGCCGGGGUCGAGCCAGUACACACUGACCACUGCGUCUCCUCCAGUCACUGCGUCUGGUCAGGUAGCUGCGUCGGGUCAGGUGUUUGCUGCAGCGUCCAGGUCUGGUCCUGAGUCUGCCCCCUGCUCGUGUUGUCAGAAUCCCAACCACUAG